GAGCUUCCUAUGCAUGUCCCUCCACAUCAAAACUCACAACUCUGUGACCACAAAACUAUUUGUGCCCAAUUGAAAUUCACAUUCACGCCAGUGCCUUUGGUCUUGUCAGUUCUUGUGUGUCGACAAUCCGCUAACCAGUCAAAAUGCCAAUUGAUCUGUACUACGUACCAGGAAGCGCUCCCUGCAGGAACGUGCUUCUGGCUGCCAAAGCUGUCGGCGUCGAUCUCAACUUGAAGUUGACUGAUCUCAAGUCUGGUCAGCACCUCACCCCUGAGUUCAUCAAGCUGAACCCUCAGCACAAUGUACCAACCCUUGAUGACAACGGUUUCGUCUUGAACGAGAGCCGUGCUAUCAUGACCUAUUUGGCCGACCAGUAUGGAAAGGACGACUCGCUGUACCCAAAGGACCCCAAGAAGCGCGCUAAGGUCAACCAACGCCUCUACUUUGACAUGGGAACUCUCUACCAGAGUUUUGGAGACGCUUACUACCCACACAUGUUUGGUGGAGCACCUCUCGAUGAGGACAAGAAGAAGAAACUUGGUGAUGCUCUAGUCUUUCUUGAUGGAUUCCUGGAGAAGUCAGCAUUCGUUGCUGGUGAAGACCUCACAUUGGCUGAUCUGGCUAUCGUCGCUUCCAUUUCCACUAUUGAGGCUGUUGAAUACGACCUGAGCCCAUACAAGAACAUCAACAGUUGGUACUCGAAGGUGAAGGCCGCAGCGCCAGGCUACAAGGAGGCCAACGAGGAGGGAGCCAAGGGCUUCGGUCAGAUGUUCAAGGCUAUGACCGGCAAGUAAGCAACGCCCCCCUCUACAUUCCUCAUUCACACCGUUCAAUGUGUCUCAUCGAUAGAAUAUUUUCAAUCUGCAAUUUUGAGUUUGUCCAACAACAUUAGUUCCAGACAAAGUUGGUUUCAAUUGUGAAGAUCCAUGACUUGAUACAAACCCUACUUAUUCUAUCAACUAUCCACAUUCAACAGUGAAAUGCAUUUUGUUAAGCAGUAUUCACAAAACUUUCAUCACAAAUGAAAUUUGAUCUUUAAAAAAAUAUAUAUACAUAUUAUUUUACAAGCACAGAGUUUAACUUGAUGAAUUUUGUUUUUUAUAGACUUUGUUGAAUAAAAUAAUUCUAUUUCUCAUA